UUCACAUCAUCAACGAUCAUCUCCUCGCAUACCUCUGCAUGUCACUCGCUUAGUUUCUACUGUUUCGACAUCCCGGGUACGACGUCCCCCGUCACCUGCAGUCAUCGCCUGCUGAACCAGUCUGUGCUUGCAACCCCUGUACGCGACGGCUCAAUGGUCGCAAAGCACUACAAAAAUGGCGGGUGUCAAUCCUGAGCUGGAAGAUGCUCUGCGCAAGCUAGACGAAGAGCUCGAAGAAGGCGAUAUCACUAGGAAAGGAUAUGAAAAGAGACGCACCCUUAUUCUCUCUCAGUACAUCAGUCCUGCACCGGCCGCAUCUCAGUCACGGGGACUUCGUGUGCAUUCGCCUGAUGAUAGUGACCAUCCAGCCUCGAACGAUGCCUCUAGAGCAGCGUCCCUUGCAGCACUCACCGGGCGAUCUGUGAGCGGACAAUCAAGAAAUGACACACUGACAGAUAGCUACCCAACGAUGGGUCGGCAGACCUCGCUUGUCAAGGAUGAAUAUAUGAACGAUACCAGGCGGAGUUCCACAGCCCAGAGCCAUGUGCAGAGAUUUCAAGAGCGGGAAGCAGGACCAAUUUCACAUGGAUCCAUGUCGGGCUCAUUGUUUGAUCAUCGCAAUGAUACCUUCCGGACUGCGAGCAAUGACUUCUCCCGUACGCAAACCCUUCUCAGCCAGAAUUAUGCAUUCAACCCCGAGACUCAACAAACGUAUGGCGGCACAGAGACACGGAAUUCUACGAUGCUCGACUCCCAACAGGGAUAUUUCUCUGAUUUCGCUGGACAACAAAGAGACGACCAGCAGGAGAAUUAUGGCGGCAAUGUACAGAGAUACUCACAGAGCGAGGUGACAUCUCCAACAGCACAAAUGGCGCCACCGUUCUUGGGUGCCGGCGAGCUUGCGGGAGGAGCUGCAAUUCAUCAGAUGCCAUUGGAGCCCCGGGAGGUGCCUUUCGCCAUCUGCGAUCCCCACGAUACACACAUAGAGAUGUCUGUUUUCGACAACAUCGCUGCUGUGCUUCGUCAUCGAGCAAAAACGACCUCAAAACAGGCGGCAUACUGGGUGCUCGACCAAAAAGGCAAAGAGGUGGUCUCUAUCACGUGGGAAAAGCUCUGUAGCCGUGCAGAAAAAGUUGCCCAGGUCAUCAGGGAUAAGAGCAGCCUAUACAAAGGCGACCGCGUUGCAUUGAUCUACACUGAGAACGAAAUUAUCGAAUUCGCCGUGGCUCUGCUUGGCUGUUUCAUAGCCGGUGUAGUCGCGGUGCCGAUCAACGAUUUGAAGAACUAUGCUCGUUUGAACGUCGUUUUGACAUCUACCCAAGCACACCUUGCUUUGACGACAGAAGCGAACCUGAAGAAUUUCCAGCGAGACAUCACUGCUGCAAAGCAAAACUGGCCCCGAGGCGUGGAGUGGUGGAAGACCAACGAGUUUGGUAGCUAUCAUCCCAAGAAGAAGGGGGAGGAGCCGCCGCUUGUGGUUCCUGAUCUUGCCUAUAUUGAAUUCUCAACCGCUCCUACUGGGGAUCUUCGAGGUGUGGUCAUGAGUCACAAGACCAUCAUGCAUCAAAUGGCCACGCUCAGCGCAAUGAUCACUUCGGCGACAAGUAAUACUAGAGCUGAUACCUUUAAUCCAGCAUUGCGCGACAAGCAGGGCCACUUGAUCACCGGUUCAAGACAUGGCGAGAUCAUUCUCAGUUAUCUUGACCCAAGGCAAAGCAUCGGCAUGAUCCUCGGUGUGCUACUCAACAUCUACGGUGGUCAUACAGUCAUUUAUCUUGACCAACGGACAAUUGAGACUCCUGGCCUUUAUGCUCAUUUAAUCACGAAGUACAAGACAACACUUCUUGUGUCAGACUAUCCAGGCCUGAAGCGCGCCGUCUACAAUUAUCAAGCAGAUCCCAUGACAACCAGAAAUUAUAAACGUGGGUCUGAACCUAAUUUCGGUACUGUGAAGCUGUGUAUGAUCGAUACGCUUACGGUGGAUGCCGAGUUUCACGAACUUCUGGCUGACCGCUGGCUGAAACCUCUUCGCAACCCUCGAGCGCGAGAGAUCGUUGCCCCAAUGCUAUGCCUACCGGAACAUGGAGGUAUGGUAAUCAGCAUGCGCGAUUGGCUGGGUGGCGAGGAAAGAAUGGGCUGCUCAUUGAGUCAUGAACUGGACCGUGAUCAUGAGGUUGAAGAGAAGAAAGAGGAUGAGACUGCUGCUAACAAAACUGGCUUCGGCAGUAGUUUGAUUGGCGGCGGAUCGAGUAGGCCGACUACACAACAGCGUUCCACUGAAGAUCUGGGCGAAGUGUUGCUUGACAAGGAAGCCUUGAAGACCAACGACAUCGUUGUCCUUGCAAUAGGGUCUGAGGCGCGUGCCAAAGCGAGCUCUUAUCCAAAUGCCGUCAGGUGCGGAGCCUUUGGCUAUCCAAUCCCAGAUGCUACUUUGUCAGUUGUUGAUCCUGAAUCUGGCUUACUUUGCACUCCAAAUUCGAUAGGAGAAAUUUGGGUCGAUUCGCCUUCACUGUCAGGUGGAUUCUGGGCUCUCCCCAAGCACACCGAGACCAUUUUCCAUGCUCGACCCUACUGCUUCAAGGAAGGAAACCCAACCCCGACUGCCAUCGAUCCCGAGUUUCUGCGAACUGGCCUCCUCGGCUGUGUCAUCGAAGGCAAAAUAUAUGUCCUUGGGCUGUACGAAGACCGUUUGAGGCAGAGGGUAGAAUGGGUUGAGCACGGUCUUGCGGUGCAGGAACACCGAUAUUUUUUUGUGCAACACCUCAUCCUCAGCAUCAUGAAGAAUGUCCCCAAGAUCCACGACUGUUCUGCAUUCGAUUGUUUUGUCAACGACGAGCACCUUCCAAUUAUUCUUCUUGAAUCGCCAUCUGCCUCGACUGCCCCGAUAUCAUCGGGAGGGCCUCCUCGACAGUUGGAUAUUGCACUCCUUGACUCUCUAGCCGAACGGACCAUGGAAAUUCUCUAUCAAGAACACCACCUCAGAGUAUAUUGCGUUCUUAUCACCGCACCAGGAAUUCUACCUAGGGUCACGAAAAAUGGUCGACGAGAGAUUGGCAAUAUGCUUUGUCGGAAAGAGUUCGAUAAUGGUUCGCUGCCUUGUGUCCAUGUCAAGUUUGGUGUAGAACGAGCUGUCCAAAAUCUACCCUUUGGAGAAGACAUCAGCGGUGGAAUUUGGUCUGCAACCGCGAGUGGCGCCAGAAUGGAACUUCUGUACGAGCAAGAGACACAAUGGUCCGGAGUCGAUCCGCGAGAAGUUGUUAUUGAUGAUCGGACCUCCACUUCGCUGAGCAAUUUCACAAACAUCUUCGACUUGAUGCAAUGGCGUGUAGCCAGACAGGCAGAUGAACUCGCAUACUGCACCAUAGAUGGUCGUGGGAAGGAGGGUAAGGGCCUCACAUGGAAGAAAUUAGAUCAGCGAGUGGCUGCUGUCGCGUUGUACCUACGGAACAAGCUCAAGAUCAAGCCGAGCGACCAUGUCAUCUUGAUGUACACUCACUCGGAAGACUACGUCUUCGCCAUCUAUGCUUGCAUGGUUCUCGGUGCCAUUGCAAUUCCAAUUGCGCCCUUGGAUGCGAAUCGACUGUCCGAAGAUGCCCCUGCAUAUCUGCACAUUGUCGCUGACAUGGGUGUCAAAGCCGUUCUUUGUAACACGGAGGUGGACCAUCUCUUCAAGCAGAAACUCGUAUCGCAGCAUCUCAAGCAAUCCGCCCAGUAUCUCAAAACACAUAUUCCGAAUGUUUACAACACUACCAAACCGUCGAAGCAAUCGCACGGAUGCAGGGAGCUCGGCCUUACGAUGAAUCGAUCCUGGGUGUCGCCUUCUAAUCCAGUCCUGAUCUGGACCUAUUGGACCCCUGACCAACGCCGCGUCUCUGUACAAUUAGGACAUGACACAAUUCUUGGUAUGUGUAAGGUCCAAAAGGAAACUUGCCAAAUGACAAGCUCCAAACCCGUGUUAGCUUGCGUCAGGAGUACGAUUGGCAUUGGAUUUCUACAUACGGUGACUUUGGGUGUCUACAAUGGAAGCACCACGUAUUUGAUGUCACCUUUGGACUUUGCGCAGAAUCCUGGGGCACUCUUCCUGGCCUUGUCCAGAUACAAGGUAAAGGACUCUUAUGCUACGACCCAAAUGUUGGAUUUUGCUAUGGGCAAUGUUGUCGGCAAAGGCUUUUCGCUGCAUGAACUGAAGAAUCUAAUGAUCAUUGCUGAAAAUCGGCCACGCCUGGAUCUAUUCUCCAAAGCAAGAGUGCAUUUCGCACAAACGGGGCUGGAAAGAACUGCCAUCAACACAAUAUAUGCCCAUCACCUCAACCCCAUGAUCGCCUCCCGCAGUUAUAUGUCGAUAGAGCCGAUCGAGCUCUGGUUGGAUAUUCGCGCCCUCAGAAGAGGCUUGAUAUACCCGGUCGAUCCAGAUACAGACCCUACUGCGCUAUGUGUCCAAGACUCAGGCAUGGUGCCUGUUGCCACACGCAUAGCCAUUGUCAACCCUGAAACUUGCCAGCUCUGCCACGUUGGCGAGUUUGGUGAAAUUUGGAUACAAUCCGAAGCAUGUGCCAAGUCUUUCUACAUGUCCAAACAACUCUUUGAUGAAGAGAGGUUCAAUGGGCGUAUCAUCGGAGGUGAUGCCAAUCAGACGUACGUCCGAACAGGUGAUCUUGGUUUUCUUCACAACGUGACAAGGCCUAUUGGGCCUGGAAACCAGCCAGUGGAAAUGCAAAUCUUGUUCGUGCUUGGAAGUAUCGGAGAAACGUUUGAGGUCAAUGGUCUCAAUCACUUCCCCAUUGACAUUGAAAACAGUAUCGAGAGGUGUCACCGCAACAUCACCCCUGGUGGUUGUGCAGUAUUCCAAGCUGGCGGAAUGGUUGUGGUCCUCGUCGAGGUCUUCCGCAAAGCCUAUCUUGCAUCCAUCGUGCCAGUUAUUGUGAACGCCGUUCUCCAUGAACAUCAGAUCGUGGUUGACAUUGUUGCCUUUGUAGGGCAAGGCGACUUCCCGCGAAGCAGACUUUCCGAAAAGCAAAGAGGAAAGAUUCUGGCCUCUUGGGUGACGCGCAAACUGAGAACCAUUGCUCAAUUCGGCAUCCGAGAUCCAGAUGGACCAGACGGCCAUUUCCAGAUACCGGCCGAACGAAAAUCUGCCAGCAUCAUGACCAAGACUCCAAGUCAGGCUGGACAAGCUCGAGCCUCGGUCGCAUCAGAGUCACAGAACAGCAUCCAACAGGAGUCUGUCAGUAAUGUCAGCCGCUCUAGUGGUGUUCCCGAGCUUCCGUUCUCGCUGCCACCUAACCACUAUCAAAUUGACCCGACCGGACUCUACGAUGACGCGUCGACGCCAACCGAAAAGCAGGCGGGUGUAUCUCUCACCGACAGGCCUUACACCCUCCCCGAGGGCGUGGUGGAAAUGCCUACCUCGACCUUUGAUGAAGACGACGAUAGAAUAAACCCUUACAUGACUGACGAAAAGUUCUUCGAUCCCAACGCGGAUCCUGACGACUUGGACCUUCAAUUUGGGUACUCACGUUCGAGCUCGCACCUGGAUGUCGGCCAGAGUGGUCCACCACGACUCUCUCUUGUCAAUCCCGACGAGUACACGCCUAAUGACAGUACGGAGAAUACUCCCACGAGCUACACAGCCACCGCGACCCCGACUUCGGCGAUACCUCGCUCCUCCAGCGCGUUACGCAAUAACGGCGAUGAACAAAGCCCCUACGAGGAUCAGGGAAACCCAUUUCGAAAUUCCAUUCCCGCUUCGGUGCCAAGUUUCGACUUUAUCACAUCGCCUGGACCCAAAAGCCCUGCUCGGGAACAAAUGGCAAGUGCCUCGGCCGCGUUCAACCAAGCCAGAGGAGCAGCGUCCGGCCGUUCUCUCCUCCCCAGCCAACAGGCUCGGUACCCGCAACCCGAUCCAAUGAGAACACCACGACAGCCUGCUUACUAUGGACAAGAUCCACCGCGAGAGACAGCGGCUCAUACCGCUCCUUACGACAGGAAGCCGUCUGGAAAUUCACUUCGGCCCGAUGAGAGACAGAGUGUGGACCUGAGUAGCAUCUCUGGGAGCAUCAGAAGACGAUACGACGGAAGCGCAUAUGAUGAUUACGACUAUUGAAAAACGUUGCGAAGUCGUUGGUACUACUAGCAUGAAAUCAUAGCGGAGGAGUAUUUUUGUUGUACUGGAGACCAUGCAAAAGGCUGUUGUAGCGUAUGCUUGGUCUUGCUAUAUACGAGUUUGGAAUUGUAUACAAAAUGUACGAGAGUAGGAAUGAGAGUAAUAUGAAAAUGGUGAAGACAGAGAGAGUUCCGAGAUGAGUUCUGCUCUUUUUUCCACCUGUUCCUUGGUUUAUAUCGAUUUGAUUGUACUUCAUACUGAGGUUGCUGUGUGCUUCUUUG